CGUUUAUAUUACUUCCGGUAACUGGGAAACCACGGCCAUUCACUUCUGUUUUUGCGAAUUAUACAAAAGAAACUUAUUUACAGGAGUAAAUACAAAAAGAAUCAUCAAUUAAAGUAGACAUUUAAAAGCAGAUAUGCCUAAAAAUAAAGGAAAGGGAGGAAAGAAUCGAAGAAGAGGAAAAAAUGAAAACGAAAAUGAAAAGCGUGAAUUGGUUUUUAAAGAAGAUGGACAAGAGUAUGCCCAGGUGACAAAGAUGCUUGGUAACGGCAGACUUGAAGCUAUGUGUUUUGAUGGUGUCAAAAGAUUAUGUCACAUACGAGGAAAGUUAAGGAAGAAGGUAUGGAUAAAUGGUGGUGAUAUUAUAUUACUUGGUUUAAGAGACUAUCAAGACACAAAAGCAGAUGUUAUAUUAAAAUACACACCAGAUGAAGCUAGAAACUUAAAAGCGUAUGGAGAAUUGCCAGAAUCAGCCAGAAUUAAUGAUGCUGCAUUUGAUGAAGAACAAGGAGGAGAUAACAUCAUUUUCGACGAUGUUGAUGACGAUGAUGAAGACAUUGAUGAUUUAUGAAGAAAUUUGACUACGAACUUGAUUUGAUUUGUGAAAGACAUUACUGUGAUUUCUACCAUAUUUUGACUUGGAUAUUCAUUUGAUAUUAAAGCAUGAAUGUUCAUUUUCUGUUUAGAUUUUUUUCGAGGAUAAGUUUAAAAUAUCAUACACAUCCUGUGGAAUAAGGCAGCAAAUGUUGUCUUAAAAAUUUAAUUAGCAUUAAUUAUUAUGGCUUCUUUAAUUAAAAGAUUCAUAUGUGAUCUUUUAAUGAUAUUGAGUGCAUACUUUUAUUUUUUAGAGCUCGUACCAAUAUGAAAAGCAAUUGAAAAAAAAAUGCAUUAACCUGUAAAUAUUUUUUUUUUUUUUUUUAAUUCUUAAAGAAAACAAGAAAAAUGGGUUAGUUUAUGGGUAUGUCUGUAUAUACUCACUUUAAUACUGUUCUAUUGAGCUUACCAGUUUACAUAUACAAAUAUACAGAUACAAUUAGUUUAAAUGUCCAUGCUUGAAUCAUCCAAAACUAAAUAACAUGCAAAGAGAGAAUAAUAUUAUUGAAUACGUGAGCUCUAUGGGGAAUAGACAGUUUAUAAAUAACUAAAUACAAAAGUUCCAAGUAAACAUAUUAUAUAUUUAUGUAUUUUUUAAUUUGUUACUAGUUACUGUUAUUAAAUUUUUAGGAUAUUAGCUUCUAUUUUUUCUACUAUUUCUUUAUAUUUUCGUAACCUUUCGUUUGAGAUUUUGUCCUUCAACCCAUAUAACAUACUACCAAUUAUUUCAAUUUUUUCUUAGAUUUUGAGUUGAUCUAUUUAUUUGAUAAUUUUCCUGCUAAAAAUACUUUAAAAUUUCAGAAGCGAAUAUCCUAAAAAAAAAUAAUUGAAUUUAAUGUAUAACUGUCAUAGAUGUGUAUAUUGAUAGUUUUUUUUUCAAUGUUAAAACUCCAUGGAGAGAAAGUUCUCAUUGAUGAUUUAAUGCAUUAUUAAAAGUGCACAAUGAAUUUGAAAAUAAAAAAUUAAGAUUAUUAAAUGGGAUCAUAAUUAAUUUACCAAUUGAAAUGCCAUGAAGGGUAACAUAGAUUGGAAGUCAUUGCAACUAGGUCAUUGAAACUAGAUGUUAUAAAUGUACGGCUUUGUUUCUAUAUUAUUGUGUAUGAUAUAAAGUCAUUUAUUCAUUUCAUUGUUUGUUUAUCAUUGUUUCAUAUUCUCAUCCUUAGUGUUAUCUAGAGUAGACAUUCUUCUGUUUCAACAUUUUUAUAAAGAAUUCAUUUUGAAACUUUAAAUUAAUAGGGUUGUUUAAAAUAUACUUAUUUAUAAAAUACUAUGUCAUUUUAAGGGGGAAAAUCUACUUUUAUUCUGACAUUAAAAAAUGUUAUUUGGCAAAGAAGUGCAACGUUGAGUUGGUUGAAGUAAAGGAGAAUUUUAAAACAAUGUAAAAUUAAUAUUUUAUUUUAAUUUGAGAUAAUGUUUGUGCACUAAGCAUGAAAUAAACAAAACAAAAAUUGAUAGAGAGACAAAAUCUUAUUGACCUUUAAAAUUUGUGGUGUCCUUUUGAGUUUAACUAUUUAAUAAGAUAAAAAAAAGUGCUGAAUAUUAAAAUUAAAAAUCUUUUUCAAUUUA